UGUGUCGUUCAACGGGUGCGGUGUUGUGUUCGUAAGAUUUGCAUACAAAAAAAAUUGUAGAAUUGUUAAAGAAAAGUGUGAUCCAGUGGUGAAAGGUGUGCCCAUCACCACCGAUUCACCAUGAGCUACAUGCAGUCUAACCAGAACCGACCAAUGUCGCAGGGACACUAUCAAGGUCCCGGAGAUUUACCAAUGCCUUCGUCCAAAGAGCAGACCAUUAUGUGGCAGCAAAACACUUACAUGGCUGACUCUGGAAUUCAUUCUGGAGCUGCCACACAGGUACCAUCUCUCUCUGGAAAGGAAGAUGAAGAGAUGGAUCUGUUUGAUUUAGAUCAGGGGUACCAAGGAUUCACCCAAGAUCAAGUAGAUGAAAUGAAUAACCAGCUCAACCAGACACGUUCACAGAGGGUUCGCGCUGCCAUGUUUCCGGAGACACUCGAGGAAGGUAUUGAGAUCCCUUCCACUCAAUUUGACCCAUCCCAUCAAACCGCAGUCCAGCGUUUGGCAGAACCAAGCCAAAUGCUCAAACAUGCCGUAGUUAACCUCAUUAACUACCAAGAUGACGCCGAUCUGGCAACAAGAGCCAUACCCGAGUUAAUAAAACUGUUAAAUGACGAGGACCAAGUGGUAGUAUCGCAAGCCGCGAUGAUGGUCCAUCAGUUGUCGAAGAAAGAAGCAUCUCGUCAUGCUAUCAUGAACAGCCCUCAAAUGGUCGCUGCUUUAGUUCGAGCCAUUUCAAAUUCAAACGAUUUAGAAACUACCAAAGGUGCCGUCGGUACUUUGCAUAAAUUGUCACAUCAUAGACAAGGCUUAUUGGCUAUUUUUAAGAGUGGUGGCAUCCCUGCUUUAGUCAAAUUGCUUAGCUCUCCCGUUGAAAGCGUACUUUUCUACGCUAUCACCACCUUGCACAACUUACUGCUCCAUCAAGAUGGAUCAAAGAUGGCUGUGAGGCUGGCCGGCGGACUCCAAAAGAUGGUGGUUUUAUUACAGAGAAAUAAUGUUAAAUUUUUGGCCAUUGUGACAGACUGCCUCCAAAUCUUAGCCUAUGGCAAUCAAGAGAGUAAACUUAUUAUAUUGGCUUCACAGGGACCUAUCGAACUCGUAAGAAUCAUGAGGUCAUACGACUAUGAGAAACUUUUGUGGACAACAUCUCGAGUUUUAAAGGUAUUAUCAGUUUGUCCAAGCAACAAACCAGCCAUCGUCGAAGCAGGUGGAAUGCAAGCCUUGGCUAUGCAUUUGGGAAAUCCCAGCCAACGUCUCGUUCAAAAUUGUCUCUGGACUCUUCGUAACUUGUCCGAUGCCGCCACCAAAGUUGACGGACUAGAAAGUCUAUUACAGUCACUCGUUCAAGUUCUUGCUUCGUCAGACGUGAACGUCGUCACUUGCGCUGCCGGCAUACUGUCCAACCUCACCUGCAACAACCAACGCAACAAAGUCACGGUUUGCCAGGUGGGAGGUGUGGAUGCCCUGGUUCGCACCAUCGUCAGUGCGGGAGAUCGCGAAGAGAUUACCGAACCCGCCGUAUGCGCCCUCAGACAUUUGACGUCCAGACACGUGGAGUCUGAAAUGGCCCAGAAUGCCGUAAGAUUGAACUACGGCAUUCAAGUUAUAGUAAAAUUGUUGAAUCCACCAUCACGUUGGCCACUGGUUAAAGCUGUCAUUGGUCUGAUAAGGAACUUGGCUUUAUGUCCAGCUAAUCAUGCCCCCUUGAGGGAACACGGCGCUAUACAUCAUCUGGUACAGUUGUUGAUGAGGGCCUUCCAGGACACGCAAAGGCGAACUAGUGUGACUAGCGGUGGAAGCCAACAGCCGGGAACAUACGCAGACGGAGUCCGUAUGGAGGAAAUAGUAGAAGGAACGGUAGGGGCGUUACACAUCCUGGCAAGAGAAUCCCACAACAGAGCAAUAAUCAGGCAGCAAAUGGUGAUCCCGAUAUUCGUGCAGUUGCUGUUCAACGACAUAGAAAACAUACAACGUGUAGCGGCCGGGGUGCUUUGUGAACUCGCCGCCGAUAAGGAAGGCGCCGAGAUGAUAGAACAGGAAGGGGCUACGGCGCCUCUCACCGAGCUUUUGCAUUCAAGGAAUGAGGGUGUGGCUACGUAUGCAGCCGCAGUACUUUUUAGAAUGAGCGAGGACAAGCCCCAAGAUUACAAAAAGCGGCUAUCCAUGGAGCUGACCAAUUCGUUGUUCCGAGAAGAGAACCUCUGGAACCCCGACCUGGGGAUGGGGGCUGAUCUACAGGAUAUUUUGAGUCCCGAUCAGGCCUACGAUAAUAUGUAUACCCAGGGACCCCCUAGCGUGCACAGCAGCCACGGCGGAAGACCUUACCAGCAGCAAGGGUAUGACCAGAUACCAAUAGAUAUGCAAGGUCUAGAGAUCGGCUCGCACGGCGGUGGGGGCAACGGGUCCACGUACAGUGCCCUUGACGCCAUGGAUGUGACCGGCGCCGAUCCCGAUCUCAACUUUGACACUAUCGAUCAGCUCCCCACCCCUCCCCAAGACAACAAUCAAGUUGCCGCAUGGUACGACACUGACUUGUAAAUCAUAAACCGUUUCACUUUUCAUCCCAACUUUGGAGAAAACAUUGUCGACGACAUACAAAUGUAUAUUCAUGUAUUCACAACUUUCGAUCAAAAAGGGUAUUUAUGUAAUUGGAACAUUGCAGUUUUAUUAGUUUCGGUUGCGGGAGAGGGACGUUUUAUGCCCAUGAUAUAUUUGUUAGGUCGAGUAAAAAAGUGAAAUAAUUUUGUGAUUUACAAUUUAGACAUUAAGUUAAAAAAUUGUCUAGCUAUAAGACUUUAUUGUGUUAGUUUUUUUAUAAAUAUAUACUAUAUAUGUAUUUAAUCUUUUUCGCAGCUAUUUAACUGUUUUAAAAGUUUUAUGUAGAAAGUGGCAUUUGAUUUCUAUUAUUUUGGCUCGGUAUAAUUUUCGGCUAGUAAAUUUGGAUAUCAAAUGUAGUCUUUUGCGUUUCACCUUUAAUAUUAGUUUUUAUAGCCUCGAUUCAUAAUUUUUUUUAAUGGAAAAGAUUACUUAUGUUUAAGUAAUAAGUCAGUAUUUAUCAUAUUAUUAUUAUAUACAAAUAGUGAUAGGAUGUUUUUGUUAUUCUUAUUAUUUAAAUGAUAAUUUUACUGUUGUCUCUGUCGCACAAUUUUUUUUAUUGAUUUUUUUGUUUCAUAUUUAAAAUAUUACAGGAACAUCUUUUCUUGAACAGGGUAGAUUGUUAAUUACAGGGGCACUGCCUAUCUGAACAAUGAUUAUGCAUGAAAUUUAUAGCUGACCAUUAAAUUUCUAACUGUAAAAAAA